CUCUAUAUAUAUAUAUAUAUAUGGAGACACACGCGCUCGCACUUUCACAACACACAAACAUUCACAAAUCAAAAUUUUCAAACAGAAACAUUAACGUAACGUAUACCAAGUGACAAUAUGUCUGUCAGGCAACGACCUCAAACCACCAAGCAGCCUUCCACGUCCGAUGAGUCCUCCGAGGCAGCCGCCUUAGUGUCGCCGGAACAACGAUUACAGAAGAGCCCAUCGUCGUCUUCGCGGCCACCAGCUCAAGGAGCGAUCUCUCGAACCCUAACCAGCACGGCCAACUUGGCCAACCUUCUUCCUACAGGGACUCUCUUGGCCUUCCAGAUCCUAACGCCGAUCUUCACCAACAAUGGAGCCUGUACCGACACCACGCGCCUCCUCAGCGCGUCGCUCCUGGCCCUUCUUGCCGUGUCGUGCUUCCUCGCCAGCUUCACCGACAGCGUGGAGGUUAAGGGGAAGGUGUACCACGGCCUUGCCACCUUCAAGGGGCUGUGGUUGUUCGACUACCCGGUGGACGGGUCCGGGUCGGAUCUUCCGGACAUGAGCAAGAAGAGAGUGAGGCUGAUAGACUUCAUCCACGCGCUUUUAUCGGUAUCGGUGUUCGUGGCGGUGGCCUUGAGGGACAGGAACGUGGUGAGCUGUAUGUAUCCGGCGCCGGCGGCGGAGACGAAGCAAGUUUUGGACAUUGUUCCGGUAGGGAUAGGUCUGAUCUGCGGCAUGUUGUUCGUUGUUUUUCCGACGACCAGACAUGGAGUUGGAUACCCAGUUACAGCAACAAAUUGAUUUGAUUGUCUUGUUUUUCCGAUCAAAAGUACGUGUUUCGUUACGCUGACGUAGUCAAAUAGGGAACCAGUUGGUUUUUCUUAUUGUGUUGAAUCUCAGGAAAUGUUGACGUUGUUAUAAUCACCUAACUGGCCACGGUAUAUUCUUUUUUUGGGAAAUCA